GACACCGGAUUUUUUCGGGUUUGUCUCGCGUGCACCCUCAGACACCAGCUACACACACACGGACACCGAGCCGGUAACAGGUGUGUGUUUCGCACGACCAUCCUCCCGGUGUGGGUUCGUUUGUUUUACUCUGCCAUGCGGCGCUUCGUGCGGAGUUAUCAGCUGUGCUGCGAAUCCCCGCCUUGCAACACAAACAACAACAACAAAUGCUCCUCUUGAUGUCUCCUGCAGUUCCGUCGCUUCUCUUCCAGGGUGGGGACGCUUCAGUGUGCUUUUGCUCCGUUUGCUGACAUUUUCUGAUCGGACGUAAACUCCACCCCCUGCGGCCGCUCUGUGCACCCGGGGAAGAGGCUUCAUUUGCGGCAGAGACAGCCAGGAGGCAACAUGUUCGAGGCGAGAGGAAUCCCCUUCGUGCUGCUCGACAUUACAUGUCUGAUCCUCGCUGGACUCCCGUUUGUAAUAUUCACGCUGACUCACAGUCCUUUCCACCGGGGCUUUUUCUGUAACGAUGAUUCGAUCAGGUUCCCCCUUAAAGAAGACACCAUUUCCUAUCAGUUGUUAGGAGGUGUCAUGAUUCCCGUCACGGUGCUCACUAUGGUUAUCGGCGAGUGCCUUCUAGUUCACCUGAAGCGCCUCAAGUCCAAGUCGUCUUACGGCAGCUACGUGUCGUGCGUUUACAAAGCCGUCGGGACCUUCCUGUUCGGCGCCGCCAUGAGCCAGUCUCUGACCGACAUCGCCAAGUACUCCAUCGGUCGGCUCCGGCCGCACUUCCUGGACGUCUGCAAACCGGACUGGAGGCUCAUCAACUGCUCGGCGGGGGCGUACAUCGAGGACUUCACCUGCACCGGAGACGCCAAGAUGGUCAAUGAGGGCAGGCUGUCCUUCUACUCCGGCCACUCCUCGUUCUCCAUGUACUGCAUGCUGUUCCUCGCUCUCUACCUGCAGGCGCGGCUCCAGGUUGAAUGGGCGAGGCUGCUCCGACCCACGAUCCAGUUCUUCCUGAUCGCUGCCUCUGUGUACACGGGCCUGUCAAGGGUGUCGGAUUACAAACACCACUGGAGUGACGUGCUGACGGGCCUGCUGCAGGGCGCCAUCAUGGCCCUGCUGGUGGUGUUCUGCGUGUCGGACUUCUUCAAGCCUCCCGUGGCGCCACGUAAGGAGGAGGACAUCCCCCACACCACGCUGCAGGAGACCUCCACCAACGGGAACCACUGUGAGAGUCCUAACUGAGCCUCGAGGGGAGGAGCCUCUCUGCUGUCCACACGCACACCCACCAGGACCCCCCCCGCCUUUUCAUUUCAUGCUGACCCUUUCCCCUGCAUCAAGCUGUGCAUCCAAGCAGCUGCACCUCAGCAGCCCUUAAGACUUUUUUAAAUCACCUGGAGGAAGGAGCUGCCUACCUGCGGAGCCUCGAGAUCCACUCCUGAGCUUCUGAAGCCUCUGCAGAGCCGUGUUGAUCUACUGAGGAGGAGGACUGCUGCCACUGAGGGGUCUGACCACUGAGGGUGGGACACCUGUGAAUGUAACCUGUGCUUUCGCCUGAUUUAACGUCAGGGUUUUUGGACGAUGACUUUUCAGAUUUUUGACCGGCUAAUCAACUUUUUCUCGACGAAUCAUGACUUUCUCCAGAUUUCACGACUCCUCGACUUUCCGCCGUGCAUCAUGCGUGUAUCUCAGAUCAGCCUUUAGUUGGAGUGCCUUUCGGUCCGGAGUUAAUUAAAGGGCUAAUUAAAGGAGGACCGCUUGCUUCUCGAGGCUGAAGCUGAUGCAGAAACUGCUUCAACUCAAACCAAAGUCAACUGAAGCUUCACUCGUAUUACGUUUGGUUGAGAGUCCCGUGUUGCCUUCGCUGCUGCUGCGUAUCGAUAUAGAUCUAAUAUAAUGAACAUCUACUUUUGUAUGUAAACAGAACCAACCAAUCACCGUACAGACGUUUAUUCAAAACAAAUAUGUACAAAUGUCUAAAAGAAGCCAUUUCACUUAAGAUGAACAGAAAUGUGUUUUUAAAUGAAAGCAUGACUUUUUGUUUACCCCCCCCCCCGCCUGAUAUAUCCCACAUAUGUUGUAUUAUGAACCACUAAUAAACGCAUGAAUGUUCCA